UCCCUCCCUGCCUCUCGUGGGGGAGGCUUUCCAAGCGCAUGCGCUGGCCCUGUGACCCUGCAUGCGAAUGACUCCGCAAUCGACAAGCGGCGUCACGGCACAGAAUGUGCUGUGUGCACACGCGCGCACACGCACGUAAGCCAGCGCGCUCGUUUGCUCCCUCGUUCGCCUGCUCCUCGCUCGUAGGCACUGCGCAGUUCCUCUCGCUCGUGCCGUUCAUCAGGAGAUGUGUCUGUGCUCCACUAAAUGGGAAACGACUUUGAAAGCGGGAGAAAUGUGCCCGUGUGGCAGUGACGUGACCCGGCCUCCCCGACUGUCUAAUCGAUGGCCCACGUGCGAAUUUGAUGGGAGCCAGAUCCGGCUCGUGAUUUACCAGGACUGCGAUCGCCGUGGCCGGCAGCAUCUGUUCGACUCCGACUCCGUGCGCAUCGUUGAUGAAGCCCCUCAGAAGAGCGAAGAGUCGCCGAGAGGCUUGGGCAGGUGCCGCUCAAACGGCGGGAGCUUGGGGAGCCUCAACUCCAAUUCCUCCUCCUCGCAGACUCCGUCUGGCGGGGAUGCUCAGCCCAAGUACCAGUAUGUGCGCAUGGGCCCCGACGUGAAGAUGCUCGGAGAGAUGAUGUUCGGCUCCGUGGCCAUGAGCUACAAGGGAUCGACGCUGAAGAUCCACCACAUGCGGAGUCCUCCCCAGAUCAUGCUGAGUAAGGUGUUCACGGUGAACAUGGGAGGCACGGGCAGCCUCAGUGGCAGCAGCAGCAGCCUGCUGACUGACAGCUUCGAGUACACCCACGCGGGACUUACCUCCUCCCGCUCCUUCCCAGUGCUGAACUCCAGUGCCGUCAUACGGGAAAAAACCCGAGUAGGACUCCUCUCCUUGUGCUGCCGUAGGCAGGCUGGUUCAAUGCAAGGGCUGGACGCUAUGCCGUUCGGCUUAGUGCGGAGUGCCUCUUUCUUCGCAGCGUACAGCUCUCCUCUCGACAUGCCGAGCCGCGGCAAGAACGAGGACAGUGACAGUGGCAUCGCCCGCUCUGCGUCUCUCACCAGCCUCCUGCUAGCAGCCAUGCCGUCUCCCAGCUCCUCCCUGCCCACUGGCGGCAGCUCCAACAGCCUGAGCCGGCGAUUCCAGCGCAGCCAGAACACCAGCCUGGACCACGGCGUCUUCCCGCGCCGGUCUGGUGAGGAAGGCUUCAGCUUGGCGGAAGGCUGCUGCAGCUCCAACCCGUCGUCCGUGCGGCGCAGGAAAAUCGCCAUCGGCAUCAUCUUCUGCCUGUCGCCGUGCGCCGAGGAGGAGGAGGCGCGCUUCCAGGAGUGCUUUUUCUCUCACUUCCCCCUCUUCGAGAGUCACAUGGACCGACUCAAGACGGCCAUAGAGCAGGCGAUGAUUACCUGCAGGAAGAUCCAGGACCCAAUGCAGAGAUCCCAGGUGUACGUGCAAAGAAUCAUGGAUGCUCUGAGCCGCUUCAGGAUGGCGGUGAGCGAUCUCUACACGCUGCCCCGCAUCCCAGAGCCCGUGUGGCUCACCAUGACGCUGCCCACAUCCGACAAGCCGCAGCUGUGUCGCCGAUUCAUGCGCGAACUGGCCGCCCUCUCUGAGCAAGCCAGCAAGAACCAGUUCUUGCCAGCGCUGCUGUCGGCCGUGCUGACGCACCACCUGGCGUGGGUGCCCACGGUGAUCCCCAGCGGGCACCCUCCACUGCACACGUUCGCGCAGAAGCACUCGUCCACGAGCCUGGACAUGCUGGCGCGAUCGCACCCCUACAACCCGCUGUGGGCGCAGCUCGGCGAUCUGUACGGUGCGCUGGGUAGCCCCGUGAAGCUGACGCGCACGGUGGUGGUGGGCCGCUGCGAGGAGCUGGUGCAGCGCCUGCUCUACGUGCUCACCUACUUCGUGCGCUGCUCCGAGAUCCAGGAGAGCCUCCUCGAGUGGGAGGGCGGCGGCACCGCCUGCAUCACCACCAGCCUAGAGCGGGGGGAGGUGGAGGACUCUGAGUACGUCGUCGUCACGCUGCAGCCCUCCUCCUCCUCAUCGCGGUCCUCCGCUCCCGCCGGCGCCGCUUCCCUUUCCGCCGCUCCUGCUGCCGCGACCAAGAAACCUUCGUCUAAGACGUCUGGAGCCGACGGGGCAGCGUCACCAUCCGCUGGCACUGAGGAGAGAACUUUUCCAGACACCGGUUGCCCAAGCGGCGACGUGGACAGCUGCAGCUUUGAACUCGGCGCUGCGGUGGAUGCCGAGGAGGCCCCCAGCGUUGCCGCCACCGCUGCCGCCCCUGUAUCACCCGAGCCGCCGCCGCAGCAGCAGCCGGCGUCUCCGGGCAGCGCAAGCGGCGCGGGCGCCGUGCAGCUGUGCCGCGACGUCGGGGACGUCCGCAUAGACACGCGUCGUGAGGUUCUGAUGUGCGUGACUCGCUCGGCCUCCGGGGAGCUGAUUCUUCCCGCCAAGGAGAUGGCGGAGGCGGAACUUGAGCGAUUCGGCUUCACCGUGCCGCAGGGCGAGAAGGGCGAGGAGCGCUUAGAGUCGGCGUUGCGGCGCACGUCCUGCUCCGACAAGCUGCACACGGACGCCAUCGCCUUCCCAGCCGGCGUCAGCCCGCAGGGCAGUCGCAAGGUCAAGUUUCUCAUCGGCUGUUCCUUCUCGCCGGACUCGGACACGGAGGCACGCGGCAAGCAGUUCUCCAAAACCUUCAGGACGUUUGAGGGUGACGGGCGUGCCCCGAGCCCGCGCGGGACUCCGGUUUCUGAGCCCAAGCCGGCACCUCGGACUCAGCUGGCGGCUCCGAGUCAAGCGGAGCGUGCGGAGGUGAAGCCGGGCCGGCCGCUCGGCCCCCCCAAGGGCCGCGCCCUGCGCAGGCUGCCGUCCUGCGGGAGCAGCAGCAGCAGCAGCAGCCUCUUCGAUGAAUACUUCGACGAAAAGAACGUGAUCGAGACCAAAACCAUCGACGACAUCCCCGCCGAGAUGCGCUUCCGGAGUAGUGGGCGCCCGGCGCUUUCUUCUCCGGUCGCCAUGGCGCGGGCGGGAAGCCCCACAGAAGGCGCUGGUGAAAUCUCAGCCCUCUCCACGAAGCAAAACAUCCUCGAAGAGGAGGAGGAGGAGAAAGAGGAGGAAGAAGAUGAGGAAUGCGAAGUGGAGGCGGUUCGUCCUGCCUCCGUUGGCGGGUCCGUUGGCGGGUCGUCACGCCAGGACGCUGCGCGCGUCCGGCGCCCGUCGGUGUUCACCAUUGGGAGCCCCCAGCUCUCGGACUGCUGCGUGCCGGACUCGGUGGCAAACGGCCGCGCCAUCGCCGGGCAACCUGGCCGCAAGGGCAAGAAGAAGGCGGCGGCAUUCCGCGAGGAGGGGGACAUCCCACGCAACGAGAGCUCGGACAGCGCACUGGGCGACAGCGACAGCGAGGAGGGCUGCCCGGAGCCGCGCCGUCUCCGCACCUGCCCGGAGGAGGUGGAGCUCCCCAUGCCCAGAUCGGACUUGGUGGAGGUGGCCCCGUGCGGACGCGGCAUGAGCAACUAUGGGCGCUCGCUGGUCGGCGGCUACUGCCCGCGCUACGUGCCCGACCUCGUGCUGCACGGCAUCCCCGGGGACGAGGGCCUGCGGGACCGCAUCGCCGACGACCUGGCGCACACCGCACAGCACCCGGUGUUGGACGAGCCAAUAGCCGAGGCCGUUUGCAUCUUGGCCGACACGGAGCGCUGGUCGGUACAGCUCCUCUCCAGCUCGCAGCAGCCGCGACGCAGUGGCGGCGGAGUGGGAUCGACCAACGAGGGGGGCCGCCCCCCCACGGAAGCGCUCGUGUCGAGCCUAGUUGCGCAGAUCCUGAGCUCCACGCUGCAGCUGUGGCGCUUGCACAUGCCGGCCGACUUCUGUGUAAUGCACUUGGAAGACCGGCUGCAGGAGCUGUACUCCAAGAGCAAGGUUCUGGCAGAGUAUCUGCGUGGGCAGACACGAGUCCACGUCAAGGAGCUGAGUGCUGUGCUGGGGAUUGAAGCGAACGACUUGCCACUGCUUGCGGCCAUCGCCAGCACGCACUCGCCGCAUGUGGCCCAAAUCUUGCUGUGAGCACCGCCGGUCGCCCAAGCCGCGUCUCGAGCCCCUAACAGGGCACUGCCAUUCCCGUUCCAGAAUGGCCCCAGCGUGUUCUGCAUGCUGAGAAACCCAGCUGCAAGUUGAUGUGCGGCAGUUGUUUUUGCUGCGUCCACCAGAACUUACAGCGUCCUCCAACGGAUUGCUUGCUGACAUUCGAGGUUUUCGAAACGCCCCGGGGGGCUUUUCCCGUUCUCACAAAUGCACGAGGUGGACUCGCAAGGACGUUCAUUGGAGCAGCCUCAAGAUUUAGUAGCAGGGUUUGAUUGACUGCCUUCAUUUUUAGCACAAAGAACGGGGCCUUGCGGAACAAUUGUUAUGAACAAAACAAGAUCUGUGUGCAAGAUUGCUGUGUGGUCUUGCAACUCAGAAGACCUCCGUGACUGUUCAAACAAACGCUACGCUUUUGGAUCUUCAGCAAAAAGAUACCGUCCUAGGUUUGCACAAAUUUCAGCUGGCACGCUAUGACAAAUUCUGAAGUUGCUUUUGGGAGUGCCUAACGGUCUUGGCAGAUUUGUGUGGGCUUUUGAGAAUCCAGAACACCUGCUACCCAUUGUACUUUGAUUUGCACUUGCUUAGUUGUGGACAUGACUAAAGCCAAUCCAUUGUAAAGCCACACAUUUACUUUACUUCUAAAAGCACUUUUAAAAUCUAUUUUUUGUUAACAAAUGCAAAGAUUACAAUAACUCUUGUUUUCAUACGACAUAACACUGUAGAUAUACCAUAAAUAACCAUGUCAAGUUUUAGGAACUAUUUUAUUUUACCAGGUAAGGCCCACUGAGCUACCACAAAUGAUUGGUCAACGAAGUGGCUUAUCGUGUGUACAUUUAUAACAGCCAAAUAAUCUAAAAACAUGUUUCUAAAUGUGUAGGGAAAAACCGGAGGACCUGGAGAAAUAUCCACGUAACCACGGGAAGAACAUGCAAACUCCAAAUAUACAGGCGUCAGGGUCGGGAUCGAACCCAUGACCUGUUUACCAGGCGAGGUAGUUAACAUCUCGAAACACACUAAACUACCACACUGCAGGUCACAACACACGCACCAAACAACCACACUGUGCUCCCUCCUCUUUAAGGCAUUGUGCAAAACACUUGGGGAAAAAGUACAAACAAAGAACUACUAUUAAUUUACAAAAUUGGAAAAAUUCUCAGGGGACGUGGCAGGUGAUGAUCCAGGGCUCGUGGGCAACCAUGUCCUUCGCCAGACCUUGCAAUACUGCACAUCCUAGACGGCAUUUGUUAACUGUACCGCCUGCUCCCACACAGGCCGCAUUCCGGUCCUGGUCUUGGGGCUUGAUGAGGCUGUCUUGCACUUGGUAGAAGGGGAGGAACGGCCGUUGCCUUCCAAUUGGUCUGCUGAAGCGGCUCCAAGAUCUUUUCCACAAGCUCUUUCUUCGUUUUGUUUCGACCACAACUUUCCAUAGACAAGCAGCCCCCAGAAGGGAUGGUGAUCGCAAAGCAGAUGAGCAGAAGGACGAUGGUCCGGCGUAGGCGGCAUGCAAAGGACCGCUGAAGGUGAAUAGGUUCCAGGAACAUCACAUCUAAUGUGUUCACUGUCUUCAGGUUCAGAUCGAGCCCGCGCACUUUUACUCCAAAACCAGAACGAUUGCCUCUAGUGCUUUAUAAAACAGGUCGAUUGUUGCUCCUUAUUUCUAGCUCCUCUUUCACCUUUUCCAUAGCUAAUUCGGCUUGCUGCCCCCUUCAACUAUCCCGCAUAGUCACCUGCUCGAAUGGCGAACAAGGAAACGGAUCUUUCCACAGAUCUCAUCGUUUGUAAAGGAGACAUUUGAUCGCGCGUCAGCAGGUAGAUGGCCAUCCACAUGAUUAGCAUGCUCAGGCCCAUGCACAGCAGGUAGCAUUUGACUCUAGUCGAACGAGUCCACCAUCUUACCGCUGGCUGCCGCCGUCGUUUUCUUGGCCAUCACUCCGCCUCUACGUUGUCUCAACGUGGAGGCAGUGACACGAUAGCCAGUUGGACAGCAACUUGCUGGACACGUCUGCAUAGCCCAAGGGGAGACGUGAGGGAAGCGGAUGUACCUCGGUCUGUCGGUCUUUCGUGCUCAUAUCGGGAGUAGCGACCACAGUCGGAUCUUGGUUAUUCUUUAAGAAGGACGAGUAGCAGUCACAGUCCGUGUCUGAGGUUGCGACUGACCGGCCCACAGUGCUGCAGAUAUUGAAAGUUCGGGAAGGCUCCGGAAGGCGCGGCCGGGUUUGGCGGUAGGAUAGCUUGACGGACUUCGCUUCGGUGGAAUUAAUUUUAUUCCACAACAAGGCGUUUGGUGGAUGUCUCGAUGGGCAUGGCCUUCAAGCCAAGUCCGAUAGCUCGGCCAUACCGAUACUAGGCCCCGGAGCGUUUCAACAGAAGAUGACGGAGGAGCGUGACAGAGGAUGAAACCAAGUCACAACUUGUGAUCCAUUUGCUGUUUUGUAUGUUUAUAUAUACAUACAAAAAGAGCCUGAAAAUACGGCUGAGAUUCUGCGUGUCAGCUUCUUGUUUUAUUUGUACACUGAACAUUGCAAGAACCGUUCCAAAGAGACAUGCUUAUUCAUCGUGGUUAAAAGCCAGGAUCCAAGUAUGUGACACCGCUACUCGGUUCAUAUUUCAGCAUCUGAAUCCAUUGUCAAAUGCAGCAACUGUGUUGAGCACAAGGACACAGCCUGACAAACGUUUUGGAAAAGAAGCUAGAAACCUACCGUUCGCUUUUUUCCCCCUCUCCCAUUGUUAUUGUAAUAAAAUUGCAUAGCUUACUCAACGUCGUUCGCGGACGACAAUACCAACGCGACUGAACCAUUUAAGAGAAGGCGGCGGCGGGGGGGGGUGAUAAAAGAUGAGGAUCGGGGCCCGCUACUCCAGUCAAGUGGAACACCACGACGCGGGGAAGAUGGACUUUUAGAUGAGUGGGGGGAAUUGGGGAAGUGUGGUGUGGGGGGGGUAAAACCAACUUGAGGGAUAUCCCAGGCAAGUAAAGGAGAGAGGAGGUGGGAGAAGGGGGCUGGGGAUAACCCUAAAAAAUUUAAAACAUCCAUGUGGCCAUUGUGCGAUAGUACUUUCCCUCCGCGAAUCCGAGCUCCGCUCCCGCUCAAGUCCCUGAGGGGUUGGUAUAACCCCUCUUUUCGAUCCCUGUCCUCUCCCAGCUCCCCCCCCCCCCCCACGUUGGUCGAGCUCACUUGCACAAGGGGCGAGGACCAUCUGGCCUCGAAUUCCUUUCCCUUGAGAUACGGUCCAUCUGCGUUGAGAUGUACUUUGUUCUCUGCCGUGUCAAUAUAAGGGUUCGUUCUUUCUCCCUGACGUUUUCAGCCAGUGCUUCCCAUUGCUAAUGUAAACAACAGUUGGGGGAGGCCGGGAACCCCGUCUCCUCCUUUCUCUGCCUCGUGAAACGCUACGGGACGCCAGUCCGUUCGCUACGGCGGCCGAAGCCGGUGGGGCUCGCUUAUAGAAGUCAGCACGUGUCUGUGAAUUGGCGAGGGGAAUCCAAAUUGGUCCAUUUUACCCCGGGAGAGGAAGGUCCACUCGACCCUGUCAAACGCCUUGACUCCCAUCCAUCCAUCCAUCGUAAGGGGCCGUUUGCACGGGAGGUGAUUUGUAGUGGCUAUCUCAGUUGCGUUAACUAGGGUCUUAACAUUUUCUGCGGAGGCCCCUGCUUUUGACGAACCCCGUCUGGGCUUCGCCGAUGAUCGUCGGGAGAGUCUCGAGUCUCCCCCGCCAAGAUUAGGGCCAAGAACGCUCGCCUUUUAAGCGUUGAACAAAUACAUUGGAGCGUCCAACGCCGAUUUGCCAUCUGCAUCCAUGAACUCUGCGAUUGCGACACCCUUUCAAUAGUCAAACUUGUCAUUUGGUUUUACUUCAAUUUUAUUUCCGUAAUAUACGCAUGACAAUGCUUUAAAACGUGGUUUUUUUUGUUAGACCAUAUAGACGCUAUUCCAGUGUGAAAGGGCAUUCAAGCAGAUCACUGUCACACGUGAGAACUGUGGAGAAAAUGGACUUCCAGUGGAAAAAUCCACAUCACUUCCUAUGCAAUUGGGUGAAGGCCGUACAGGCAUCUUCGAAGCACCCGGUUGUUUUUACUUGUCCUCUUUUUUCGAGGAAUGUCUGUUAUAAACACUACAACAAAGAUGUUGUGUACUAUAUUGUACAUACUGCAGGCAGUUUUUAGUAUGAGUGAAGAUGAUACCGUGUUGUGUACAGCUGUGGAUGAAAAUGUAUUUCUGUUUGUGAGGAAAAAAACCCGUAAAAAAGCAAAAAGGCAUGUGUUUUACCAAGAAUAUCAUUCCCUAUUAACGUUUAAGUGUGUGUGUGUGGACAAAUUAAGGAAUUGCAAAAAAACCGACGAGCUCUGUGUUUGUGCUACGUGCACUGUGAUUGGUGUGUGUAAAUAAAUAACGUCAACAAUAAA